CUCGGCGUGGAUCGGGGCCGUCAUGGAGGCGGCGGCGGCGGCGGCGACGGCGCGAGGAGUCGCCGCAGCGGUCGGAGCAGCUGCAGGAGGAGCGCGAGGAACACGUCCCCUUGCUGCUACAGCUGCUGCUACUACUACUGCUGCUGCUGCAGCAGUCGUAGGGACAGCAGCAGGCUGGAGGAGCGGACGCGUCGCGGUGCUCAUCGUGACGGCGAUCUCCUGUCUCUCCAUGCUUCCAGGAGCUACAUCGUGGACGUCAGACAGCUCGGCUGAGGACGUCAUGCAAGAGGUCGUGCGUCUCUGCCCUGCGGACGUCGCCUGCCGCUCUCUUCCUGUUCAGUGCCUCAACUGCACCUACAACACGUCGUGUGUGUACGGUCACAACACCACGGGCUCCUGCUCACCACGUGCUGGCGUGCACUGCACGGGGCGCAGGGAGAUGUCCGUAAAUCUGACGUGCGGGUUCUGCUGGCAGCUGCCACCCUCCCUCUACCACUGCACCAACAGCACCUCCUGUCCCUCGGCUGGGUGUCCCCGUGCCCGCACGCGCGCCAACUGCACCGCCCUACCUGAUGUGCACUGCCUCGGUGAGCGCACCUUCAUGAAGAUGCUCUACUGUGACUGGACGGGUGGCCACAAGUGGGCAACAGCACUCACACUCAGUGUGACUCUAGGUGGGUUUGGAGCUGAUCGCUUCUACCUGGGCCAGUGGCGAGAAGGCCUGGGGAAACUAUUCAGCUUUGGGGGCCUGGGCGUGUGGACGCUGCUGGAUGUGCUGCUCAUCGCCAUCGGAUACAUCGGACCUGCCGACGGGUCUCUCUACAUUUGACGAGCUUCAUCACCACCGUCAUCGUCAGCACAUCAACAUCUUCAGUUGCAUCAUCGCCAUCAUCACUCACAAUGACCAUGUCUCAGUUCAAAAUACCAUGCAGGUAUUUCUGAUUAAACCAGGUUUCUGUAUGUACUAAGUUGUAUAAAAGACAAUUAUUUAAUACAUUUCAGUUUCACAUAAUCCAGCCUGGCCGAAUAUUGAGAGCUUAAAUUUGUAAAUAUUGUAUAUUGGAUUAAUUACAUGUGGUGAACCACUCUUUACAGAACACUGUCUUUAUUGUUGAAGAAAAGUCUAUUGGAAGGGACACAUUGAGGAACUGUUAUUGCCUUUUGGGGUUGUUCCUUGGUAAGAUGACAUGCCUGCUCUUUUGCCCGCAGGAGUUCCAGAAGGCGCAACUCAUUGAUGUCGGUCUGUUAUCUGACUUUUACACAUGCGACAAUGUGGCCAACACAAAGCCUUGUGUUGUCUUUGUUGAUUUAUAAUGUCGAACAUUACAUCCAGCUAAUAAACUUUAAACAAAUAGGUUGUUGUGCAAUUCAUUGUAUUUCAGAUAUUGGUUUGUGGUCAACUCGGCGCAUCCAUUUUUUAUUGAUAAAAUGAGUACAGACACUCCUUCACAUAUACGAUAGAUGCGUUCCUGGAAGAGCGCGCGUAUCUCAAAAUCUCGUAUGUCAAAAGCUAUUUUUCCAUAAGAAAUAAUGGUAAAGCAGGGGAUUAGGGGAUUUCACACACUCGCAGACAAUCGCCUAUAUUAUCCGAGCCUAUAUCGAUACGAUACAUGUACACACAAUGUAAUACUUUAAAUUAAGGCAAUAAUUUAAACAUAUACUUCCUAUAAAUAAAAAUAAAGAAAUACAGUCAGAAAUACGAAAGCGGUGAACACGACACAAACUUCACAGGGUACGAUCACAAUAAGAGACGAAGGGAAGAGCGCUGGUUUACACG